AUGGAGGGAGAGACAGGUGAGAGUGAGAAGGCAGCAAUAAAGAAUAAAGAUGAGAAUCCGGCUACAGUGUCGGAUUGCUCAUGCAGUAAGAAAACGGAUAAGGAAGUUUUUGCCACAUCAAAAGAAGAAAAAAGAGGAAAGGAAAGACUUACAAAGGAGGAGUUAAGGAGAGAAAGAUCGGGCUCGCUCAGCAUACUGGAGUUUAUGACAAGUAAUAACAGUACGGCAUGCGAGUUAGCAAAAGCCAAGAGGAAAAGAGAGGAAAACGAACAACGUACGAUGGAAAUUUUCAAGAGAGAUAACAAGACAGUGAGAACGCCACCAGGUAUGGACAAAGCGAAGGAUGGAGCCGGUGUGGUAGGUAAGAAGAGAGAAAAGGAAGGAGUUCUGUCAGCAACAAAGAAGGAUGAGGAGGACGGUUCGCUACUAGCAGUCUUGAGAGAGAUUAGAAACGAAAUAAGGGACCUGAGGGAAGAGAUGAGAGAGAUGAGAGAGAGGAUAAACGUCUUAGAAAAGGGUCGGAGAAAAAAAGAAAAAAAAUAG